UUUGUCUAAAAAUUUCAAGCGAGCGGGAACGGGGAAGCGAGGGGAGGAGGGACAAGAAAGCCAUUGAUUGCGAGAGGCGAACGGGAGCGUUUCGUCCCUUCAAUCAAACAACUCAACUCACUCGUUCACUCCUCGGGAGUGGAACUGAGGCGUCGUUCCUUCAAUCUCCCUGGGCUUUACCCUCCGCUGUUUGUUAGCUAGCUCCGAAGUUAAAAAAUGGUGGUUCAACGGCUUCGCUGCGUCAAUACUUGUGAAAAUGGUAGUACUCUUGACAAUGCUAUUUCUGUUAACCCUGGUCGUCACCAUUUGAUGGUUUCGGGGGUUUCAGGGGGCGAAACAGUAUGCGACGAACUCAGCGGUAACCAUUCAGAGAUGGAGAAGACCCCGGCUUACUCAGAGAGAAGGACUAGUGCACGAAUCCAAAAACUGAAAGCUGAGAAAGCCCUUCGCCUCCGCUGUAGAGAAGAGGCAUUGGGUUCGAUGCAGGAAGGAGUCAUUCGAAAGAAAACUAGAGUGUGCCAGAGAAGAAAAGUGAGUGCACCACCAACCGCUGAUGAAAACAAAGGUUCGGAGGGCGGCAAUGUUGAUGACAACAAAUGUUCCGGCGGAAGCAAUGUCCCCAUUAGCUCCAAUGACGGCAAGGAUAGUGCUAAUGAUGGGGGGGAUCGGCGUGCCAUGGUCAGUACGGGCUCUACAGAGGCAGGGAUGGAGGGCGACAAAAGUUCAUAUGCCCUGGUCACAAAGACUCUCAGGAUUUUUAACAAGCAUUACCUUCACUUUGUCCAGGAGGAGGAAAAGAGGUGUGCAAGAGCAGAACCUAAUCGAAAGUCAACCAAAGGUUCCAUUUCCAAGAAAGGGAAUGCAUCUAUAGAUGAUUCAAAGCGUGGUUCAAAGCGACCUGAUCUCAAGGCAAUAACAAAGAUGAUGGAGACCAAUGCUAUACUUCAUCCAGAUAAAAGAUUUGGUUCUAUUCCAGGUAUUGAUGUCGGCCAUCAGUUCUCUUCAAGGGCUGAAAUGGUGGUUGUCGGUUUCCACAGUCAUUGGUUAAAUGGAAUCGAUUUCAUUGGCAAAAAUGCUAGCAAGUUUCAGGACUUCAGUGGGUAUACUUUACCACUUGCGGUUGCCAUUGUUUUAUCUGGCCAAUAUGAGGAUGAUAUGGAUAAUUGUGAAGAAAUUGUUUACACUGGUCAAGGUGGGAACAAUUUACUUGGCAAUAAGCGCCAGAUACAGGAUCAAGUAAUGGAACGUGGUAAUUUGGGAUUAAAGAAUUGUAUGGAGCAAAAUGUGCCGGUUAGAGUAGUUCGUGGCCAUCAGUCUGCAAAUAGUUGUGGUCGCAAGGUUUACACAUAUGAUGGCUUGUACAAGGUUGUUAAUUACUGGGCAGAAAAAGGGGUAUCUGGAUUUAUUGUUUAUAAGUUUCGGUUGAAGCGGCUUGAAGGGCAGCCUCUACUGACCACUAAUCAGGUCCAAUUUGCUCGAGGUCGCAUCCCAAACUCAAUCUCAGAAUUACGCGGGCUGGUGUGUGAGGACAUCUCAGGAGGCCAAGAAGAUAUUCCCAUCCCUGCGACCAAUUUAGUUGAUGACCCACCUAUUGCACCUACAGGUUUUGCAUAUUGCAAAAGCAUUCAAGUAGCAAAAAAUGUGAAGCUUCCUGAGAAUGCCACUGGGUGUGAUUGCAAAGAUACCUGUAUAGAUCCUAAACGUUGUGCUUGUGCUAGACUUAAUGGCUCAGACUUUCCAUAUGUUCAUCGUGAUGGUGGAAGAUUAAUUGAACCAAAGUCCAUCGUAUUUGAAUGUGGCCCAAAUUGUAGGUGUGGACCUGGUUGUGUCAACCGGACUUCUCAACGAGGGUUGAGAUAUCGACUUGAGGUUUUCCGCACUCCAAAAAAAGGCUGGGGUGUGAGAUCUUGGGACUAUAUUCCUUCUGGUGCGCCAGUAUGCGAGUACACUGGAAUUCUCAUGAAAGCAGAUGAAAUAGACACUGCUCAUGAAAAUAAUUAUAUUUUUGACAUUGAUUGUUUACAAACAAUGAAGGGGCUUGAUGGAAGAGAGAGACGACUGGGCGAUGUUUCUUUACCUACCCCUUUGGAUAAAAUUGAUGAUCAUAGAACUGACAGUGUGCCGGAGUUCUGCAUUGAUGCAGGUUCCACUGGGAACAUUGCUAGAUUCAUAAAUCAUAGUUGCCAGCCUAAUCUUUUUGUUCAGUGUAUUCUGAGCUCACACUAUGAUGUCAAGCUAGCUCGGGUAGUCCUAUUUGCAGCAGACAACAUUUCUCCGCUGAAGGAACUUACAUAUGAUUAUGGAUAUCCCCUUGAUAGUGUCAUGGGUCCUGAUGGCAAGAUAAAACAAGUUCCCUGUUAUUGUGGAGAAGCAGAUUGUCGAAAGCGAUUGUUAUAGUUUGUGGGGCUGCUCCUUGUGUUUGUUUGUACUGGCUUUUCUCUCAGCAGAGAGUGGUGGGUACCUUUUUGCACCAAUUUUUGUGUUAUUGGACGUUUACCGAAGUGUGGGUGGCUGUAUUUUCAUUAUUCACAGAACGCAAGUGUUGUAGUUCAUGUAUCUUGCUAGCCCUGCUCCUGGGGGCAUUUUGCGAAAAAUUCCGCUGAGGGAAAUUUCUCAACUUCAAUAUUUCAAAGCAAUCGCCCAUUCUACAACUUUCGAGAUCAUUCUACCAUACUACGCCAAGACUACAACAUCACUGAUGAUCCACACAGGACAAGCCAAGAGGGGCAAAUCAUAAAGCGUUUGGACACCAAUGGCGACUGGUAAGAUAGAUGGCACACCUAGAACGAAGACAUUGCGACCUUAGCUCUUCAAAAUUGUCUGACAUACGUUCCAUCGUAUGGUUGACUUCUAAAAGAUAAUUGAUACUGUUGAAAGGAGUAAAUACGAUACAAAAUACUUUAUUGCAUAAAUCUAAUGGCAAGGACUUGCAAGAAACGUUUGAGAACUUGACAAAAUAAUAACGGUGAACAAACAAAAACGUUUAUAA